GCCUGAGCGGCGGCGGCGGCGGCCGCGGGAGCCGCGGGGAGCGCGGGGGCGGCCCGGAGCGCCCGGGGUCCCCCGCGCCCCGCUCGCUCGCCGCGCUCCGAAGAUGGUGGCGGCGCCGUGCGCUCGGAGGCUGGCCCGGCGCUCGCACUCGGCGCUGCUCGCGGCGCUCACCGUGCUGCUGCUGCAGACGCUGGUCGUGUGGAAUUUCAGCAGCCUCGACUCCGGGGCCGGGGAACGCCGCGGGGGAGCAGCGGUCGGCGGCGCGGAGCAGCCGCCCCCGGCCCCGCGCCGCGAGCGCCGGGACCUGCCCGCCGAGCCGGCUGCAGCCCGAGGAGGAGGCGGCGGAGGCGGAGGCGGAGGAGGACGGGGGCCGCCGGCGCGGGCGCGGGGAGGCGGCCCCGGAGCACCCCGCGCGCAGCAGCCGGCCAGCCGAGGGGCACUGGCCGCGCGGGCGCUGGCCGCACAACCGAGCCCCGUGAUCACCCUGGAGGCCCAGGAUGGCUACUUCUCUCACCGGCCAAAAGAGAAAGUGCGAACAGACAGCAACAAUGAGAACUCUGUGCCCAAGGAUUUUGAGAACGUGGACAACAGCAACUUCGCACCCAGGACUCAAAAGCAAAAGCACCAGCCCGAGCUGACGAAGAAGCCCCCGAGAGGACAGAAGGAGCUUCUGAAGAGGAAGCUGGAGCAGGAGGAGAAAGGGAAGGGGCGUCUGUCCCCAGGGAAAGGUACCAACGAGGUGCUGCCUCCCGGUGAGAGAGCCCCGGUAAACGGCAGCCGAGGGAAGGAUGCCCCCAGACAGCCCCACGCCCGGAAGAGUGGGAGCAACUCCCCGGAGAUCAAGUCUGACCGGCCCCUCAGGUGUGACAUCUCGGGUAAGGAGGCCAUCUCCGCCCUGACCCGCUCCAAGUCCAAGCACUGCCGCCAGGAGAUCGGGGAGACCUACUGCCGCCACAAGCUUGGGCUGCUGAUGCCCGAGAAGGUCACUCGGUUCUGCCCUCUCGAAGGCAGCAAGAAGGUGGAAAGUUUCUUUACUUGUCAAGAAGUUAGAAAACUUUUGGGGCUGGAUGAUGGUGAUACAAAUGAGCAGGGCUGGCUCAUGGACAGACGUGCCAGCUGGACAGUCGCUCAGAGCCCACGCCCAGAAGGGCCUGCAUUUGACUUAUUGCUCUGAUUUCACUCUCUUGAAAUUCUUCAUCAUUUUUGAACAAGAGGCCCCGCAUUUUCAUUUAUACUGGGCCGUGCAAAUUAUGGAGUCCAACCUGCGAAAGUGGAAGGAACGGGGCAGUGACAUGGCCCAUGGAGGUGUGGUCAAAGGUGAGGCAGAGUUGAUGUAAAAGGAAAUGGUGAGAAUUUCUGGGACACAGACCAGUUAUAACUGGAAAAAUAUGUGUAUCUGUUUGUGUGCUUGUAUGCGUCGUAAGAAUCGGUGGUCAGGCAGGGCAGAAUGUCUAAUCAGAUGGCUCUUUCUGGAAGGCAAGUGACUAUAUUUGGGUGGCUGAGUUUCUCUUAAACCCGGGGUUGCUCAACUAUGGCACCCACUCCUGUUGUGUAAGUCAAGUUUUGCUGGAAUGUAGCCACAUGCGUUUGGUUAGGUGUUGUCUGGGGCUGCUUUCUCAUACGUGGGCAGAGUAGAGUAGUUGCAGCAGAGACUAUAUAACCCACAAAGUCCAAAAUGUUUACUCUCUGGCCCCUUACAAAAGAAGUUUGCUGAGCCCUGUCUUAAACCAAGAGGGGCUUCAUCCACCUGGCUGCACGAGGGCCUCAGAAGUGCUGUCCCAGCUGGGAAGCCACUUUCCCAUCUACAGACGAGAGGGGAGAAUGGAUUUUGAUGGGUGGUUAGCUGUUUCUGCCACACCCAUUGACUUCAAGAGAUUGAACCAUUUGCUCACAGAGAGAGGUCCACCUGACUUGAAAGUAUUAAAGUGCAUGUUCUUUUUUUGAUCUGAUAUAAAAACAUGUACCUGUCACUUCCCCAUUUCUCCAACAUCCUCUGCUUUUCCUCUCUUCAAUAAAUAAAUAUGCAUAGUUUCUCUUUUGUCAGUCUUAUUCCAGGAGCUGACACCAUGGUUUUUGAGGGAUGUGAAAUAAGAAAUGAAGUCUGCUUGUGUCGAAAAAGAUACUACAAAUUUAUUCUAUAAAUACUGAAUCAGGGUAUACUAUGUGUUA